AUGUUAAUUAAAGGGAAAUUCAACUGUACAGAGCAGGCAGGUGGACCUGGAUGUCAGUGCCUGCUGGGAGCAAAGUGUUUAAAUGGGGGAACCUGUAUCAAAACUUCAGAUGGUUUCCAUUGUUCAUGCCCACCAGGGACUGCAGGUCCCCACUGUGACCCCUGGGACCCCUGUUCCCUCCCUGGUCCCCAUUGCUACUACGGAGGCACCUGUGUGGCUCAGCCUGAUGGAUUUUCUUGCCUCUGUCCCCCUGGUUAUGUUGGCGAGCGGUGCCAGGGGGUGGUGAAUGCCUGCUUCUCCCAACCUUGCCACCAACCUGGUGCCCAGGAAUGCCACUCUGACGAAAAUGGCUUCCAUUGUUUGUGUUCCUCGGGAUACACAGGUAAGGGAAGAAGAAGCAGAAGAGGGCAAAGUAACAGUUUAAGCUUGGCAAAUUUCCUUUUUUUGGGGGAGGACUACCAUUCCCAGGAUCCUGCAGAGGACAGCUGUAACGCACGCAUGAGUCAGCCCCACCUCAGCAUCUUCCAGGCAUAUAAACCAGAGUUCGUAUUCCAUGUCAUCACCUUCCAAAUUGGUGCCAGCGGCAGCACGAUUCCUGGGAACCCUCUGGAAUUCACCUGCCACUGUGCACAGGGUUAUGAUGGAGCCACCUGUGACCUGCCCCUGCCUCCUUGUGGGUCUCUCUAUUGCUACAACGGUGGCGUUUGUAUCGCCCACCCGUCUGGACUUCGAUGCCUCUGCCUGGGGGGGUUCUCUGGGCCAGAAUGCCGCCAGCCUCCAUGCUCCCCGGGUCUCUGCCCUCCAACCAACUUCACCCCAACUUUAAAAUGCCAGGAGGUGGCCGGAAAUGGGCGUUGUGACCGAGCCUGCAGCUCCCCUGAGACCAACUGGGAUGCGGGGGACUGUUCGUUGGGGUUACUCGACCCUUGGGAGGGCUGCCCGAAGAAGGAGAUGUGUCGGAUGGCUUUUCGGGAUGACCGCUGCCAGACGCAUUGCAACAACGAGGACUGCCUGUAUGAUGGGUUUGACUGCAUCCAGCAGAAGGAGUGCAAGUCUUCUUAUGCCAGAUAUUGCCGGGACCGCUUCUCUGAUGGACAUUGCGAUCAAGGGUGCAACACGGCCUCCUGCGGAUGGGAUGGGGGAGACUGCUUGCCUUAUCCUGCCCCAGCCAAGGCGCCGACCGUGGGCCUGGCUGUCCUGCUCGUCCGGGAGGACCUGCCCCAGUUCUUGCGCUCUCUCACUGUUGCCACGCGGGCUGUGCUGCGAGUUCAGCGGGAUGUCCAGAGCAAGGAGAGGAUCUACGCGUACACGGGGAAGGAAGAGCUCGGAAGCAGGAGCAACUGGACAGGGGCCCAGCGAACGACUUUGGCAGACACCAUUGGAUUUACCGUCUUCCUGACUGUGGACAGGAGCUCGUGCUUAAAGCUGUGCCCCACCUCCCCUAAAUCGGUCCAGUAUUUCUUGGGGGCCUUGUCCGCGAAAGGACUUCUUGAAUCCUCAGUCCCAUACAUGGUGGUCGCUGCCUGGCUAGAAUCAGUGGAAAAUGAUCCGGAGCCCUCGGUGUCCCCAUUCUCCGGACCUCUCCUUUACGGUGUGGUGGGUGGCGUGCUGGUGUUAGCGCUGAUCGUCUUUUUCGGAGUGUGGAGGGCUCGCCGGCCCCCGCAAAGGGAACACGGCUCACUCUGGUUUCCGCCUGGGUGUGCUCCACACCAGGGCAAGAAACGCCGCUGUCGGAGGGAACCGGUGGGGGAAGAUGCGAUUGGACUAAAGCCAAUGAAGCCGGGGACCGAGUUUGUGGAGGACCCCGAUAUGUGCUCCAGCCCUCACUUCGACGGACCUCUGAACACCAAAGAUAGGAAGGGUGAUCCAGAUUCUAUCUCGAUCCCAGAUCAAGACCAAGUGAAGCCAAAGAAGCAGUUCAUUAACACAACCCAAGAAAAAGGCACCAAGCCAAAGGCUGUCAAAACCCAAGUGCCAGUUUGUGGGCUGACCCCCUUGAUGCCUUUGGCCCCUUCUCCCGGGUUAGAGUUGGAAGGACCCUGGGCAGACAGACCAACGGACAGCCCUGGAGAGACUCCCCUCCACCUCGCCGCCCGAUACUCUCGUGCUGAUGCCGCCCGCCGACUCCUGGCAUCCGGAGCCGACGUCAAUGCCCUGGACCAGUGGGGACGGACCCCCUUGCACAGCGCCAUAGCAGCCGAUGCACUGGGCGUCUUCCAGAUCCUUCUCCGGCAAAGACAGACAGACCUGGAUGCCUCCGCCCAUGACGGAUCCACCCCACUGAUACUCGCCACCCGGCUCGGGGUUGAAAAUAUGGUGGAGGAGCUGGUGGCCAAUCAGGCAGAUGUCAGGGCCACAGACAAGAGAGGAAAGAGCGCCCUCCACUGGGCUGCAGCUGUCAACAACGUCUGUGCCGCCACCGUCCUGCUCAGAAGUGGAGCCGACAAAGACGCUCAGGAUAAUCGGGGACAGACCCCACUGUUCCUGGCUGCCCAGGAGGGAAGCUACAAAGCGGCCUGCCUUCUUCUCCAACACGGAGCCAAGCCAAAUAUCUGGGACCACGUAGGCCGUCUCCCAAAAGACGUGGCCAGAGAGCGCCUUCACCAUGACAUCCUAUCCCUCUUGGACGGCCCUGGGCCCUCCCAGCUCUCCCCACACAGGCCACGCCCACAGCCCCCUCGGGCAGCCAGCAAGGUGCACCGGUUACCAAGGCAACCGGGCAAGACGCCACGGCUACCUCCCGUGCCUGAGCGGGAGGGCUCUUUCAAGGACCUGCCCUGCCCCACGCCACCCCAGAGCCCAGCCGCCAAGGCUGCGGGACUGCCUGCAGAGUGACUCCACCCCUCUGAGCAAGGGUCGGAUGGAGGAGGGCCUCAGGAGUCAGUGAUGGCGGGCUGAGCCACGGUGUGGCGCUCCCCCGGUGAUGUCAUGGAGGCCCAGAACGAGGGUGUCAUGGGACAAAAUGCAGGGAACGCAGGCGGCUUGAUAUGAUGCGGUACCCAAGACCAAAUGCCACGGUCGAUGUGGAAGAACGAGUGUUACGUUCUUGGCGUGACAUCAGAAGACAUCUCAGAAUACGUUCGAUGUCACACAGGAUGAUGUCACACAGCAAGAAGACCACUUCAGUCAGAUGAGGACUGCCGUUUGAUGCCAACCCAAGGAAACUUUCACAAGACUGCAGGACCCAAAAUCAAUGGACUGGAGAAACCCCCCUGCUCCAUUUUUCUUGCUUGUUUUUCCCCAGGACACAUCUCUGUCAUCAUUUGUCACAUCUUCCUAGUGUCCCAGUGUCCGAUAGAAAAGAGAUUUUCUAAGGACCAGGUCUAAAUGCUGCCCUCCAGUGCAGUGUUUCCCAGGCUUGGGCUCCCCAGAUGUUCUUGGACUACAACUCCCAGAAGCCUUCACCACUAGCUGUGUUGCCCAGGAUUUCUGUAAGUUGCAGUUCAGGAACAUCUGAGGGAACCACUGCUCUAUCAGUUUAAAACUCUCUCCCAGAUAUCCUUGGCCACCCCGGCCAAUGGCCCUCCCGGGGGAAAAAAACAUAUUUACUGUAUGGGUGUUGGAGUCAAAAGCGUCUGGCAUUCCAGAGCACUCCCCUCCUUGCUUCCAUCCUGUUUUACCUUGCAAAAAAAGCAGCCAAUCUCUUAUUUGCCUGAAAAAGGCACCCUCUGCAGAUAGGCCUACAUGUGGCAAGCUAUUUUGCUCACUGGAGACAAACCUUCAUGUCUUCUCUCCUAAGGGCCUGUCCACAUUGGCAUAUAGAUAUGAUAUAUGGUUCCCUGAUAGCACAGUUUGGCAUAAGGAAAAAAAGCCAUUGUUCACUUGUAUUUGAACACCCUUCCCCUUUAAGAGCUGGCCCUCUAUCUUUCUGGCACAGAGCUAGGGCAUGCAGUCUUUUUGGCAUGAUUCACUGAGAUGCAAAAAAAAUGCUUUUUGUUUUGCCUUCACAGAUGGGUGCCAAGAGUUAAACCAGAUUGUAUUGGAGUUUAGGACCUUUUAAGCACUGGCUGGAUUGCACCAAAUUUUAGUGUGGACAGCCCUAGGUAAGAUCAGCAGGCUGAAAGGUGAGGUGCUGGGCCUAGCCUGGCUUGGCCUGUGGGGUUCUUCCCCAGUCCAUCUCCAGGAAGGGAGAACCUGUUCUUUUAACAGUCACCUGAUCUAAAGCAAUUUAGGAAGUAAGGAUUUUCCUGCCAAAGUGCUGGGGGAAAAUCGCUGGUGAAAAUUGGUGUGCCAGGCUCCUAUUAAAGGCAAACAACCAAUCAUAAUUCCCUGACACACUCCACAAUAUCAAGGAGUAGGUGAUGCCUUUAUUAGAUCACUAAAAACAUUCAUCAUACAGCCUGCUAGCUUUCAUGGAUCGAAGCUCCCUUCUUCAGGCGUGCACUCAUCUCUUGCAGUUAGUGCAGAGAACUUAAGAGUCCCAAAAGUUCAUGGCAGAUGGUUGUGCCAGGCUUGUUUCUUAGAGGGAAGUUAGGAAAGGCACAGGCUGCAUGGAAGGUGUGGUGUUCAAGUUACAACUGAGGAAGCUGUUGAGGGGCUAUCACACUGCAGCUCCUCAGGCAAAGGAGCCCAGGCUAUGCUUAUCCCUUCUUUUGAAACUAGACGUUUCUAUUCUGGACUGACACAAGUCUGGCACAUCAUCUUCAAUCAGGGGCAAAUCUACUAUGAAACUAAUGAAGCUUAAGCUUCUGAGCCUCUAAUCCUGGAGCAGCCCCAGAAGCAACGUUAGUCCACAUUUUUUAAAAAAACUUGUGGUGAUCUGUUAUGAAAUAACCCCAUUGAAGAAGAUAACAGUGGUUACCCAGACCUUGUUGCUGGUUGCAAAGGGUCCCCCCAUAACAGUUCAAGCUUCAGAGCCCCAAAAUUGGAGGUCCACCACUGUCUGCCAUGAACUUUGGGGGCUCUAAAUUCUCUGCAUUAAUGACAAGACACAGGUUCAUGCCUGAAGAAGUGGGCUUAGAUCUGUGAAAGCUGGGGUUUUUUUUUGUUUUUUUUUUUUGAGUGGUCUAAUAAAGAUAUCACCUAAGCUUGCACUGUAUUGUAAGGA